AUGAAGACCUUCGAGGCUGCGUUGACUCUGUCCCUCUUCUACCUUUGUGUGGCUGAGAUGCAGCAGCUGAAUCGCCGAGCAGGAGAGGGCAAUAGCACUGAGAUGCCCGACAUCAUGCCAGCUUGUCCCUGUGCUUGUGACAGAGAAGAAAACUAUUGCCAACUCUUUGUCAUCUUGAGAGGACUGGAGGCAAAACUGCAAAACACUGAGAAACAAUUAGAGGAUCUGAGGAGAGAGGUCCGAGUUAAGCAGGUGGCUUUUGGAGCAUCUAUCAGCAGUGGUGGAAAUGUUGGACCUUUCAACACUGAGAUCACACUGAUUUAUAAGAAUGUGUACUCAAACACCGGCGCAUACAACCCUGCAACAGGUAUUUUCACUGCUCCGGUGAAAGGAAUCUAUUACUUCAGCUUCUCUGGACAUAAUCACUCAUCUAGACCAAUGGGGCUGCGACUGAUGAGGAAUGGAGCGCAGAUGGUUACUGUGUUCAACCAUCCAGCUGGAAACCGCCAUGAGACAGCAACCAAUGGCAUGACUCUACAGCUUGAGGUGGGAGACCAGGUGUACAUGAGACUGCGUCAAGACACCUGGAUUUGUGAUAAUGAUAAUAACCACAGCACCUUCAUUGGGUAUUUGUUAUUUCCCCAGUGAGUGAAAGUGUUAGAUUUUAGUGCCGGGCAAAAAGUGUAAAAUGGGUUUGUCAGAUCUUAAUUACUGGAAAACAGUUGCAUAUAGUUAAUGAUAGCAGCUCAGUCAAUAUGUAACCCUUUGAUUAUUUUGAAAAAUGUUCAAUUUUUCAUUGAUACUAUGUCUUCCUUUAUAAAGUUUUUUGAAUAAUAAAGCUACUCUGUUUCCAGCAUAUGAAAAUACUGCCAAAAUUGAAAAAAGAAAUGCAAUAUUUUGUUUCCUUUUCCUUUUUUUGAUACGAUAUUUUAAAAAAAAACAAAACAUAAUUGUCACUCAAAUUCAAAACCCUACUUUACUGAACAUAUUAGCCACAAAUUUGAAAAUAUAUGUCCAAGACAUUUAUUGUUAUUAGAGUAAUAGUGGUUUGUUCUAUAGAAUACAAUGGAAAUGUUGAUGCUAAUAAUUUUCAAGCACAAAUUGGCAUCACUGAACUUCCAUACCUUUAGCAUAAUGUUAAUUUAUCUUAGUAAAGAAAAAAAAAACAUGGUUCAAAUCAUUCUAUGUUGGGUAGUUGCUUAAAAUGAUAAUCACAUUUUCAUUUAAAUAAAUGGCUUUUAAGUCACUAUCUGUCCACAAAUUAGCUAGCACACAAAGAUGAAUGGCCCACUGAUAAACAUAUUGCAUUAUUUAUAUAUUUGCAGUUUUAUGUACUGGGUUUCGGGAGCAAUGCUUGCAGGAAACAAUUGCUGUUUUAAGUUGCUGCUAAUGCACUAACGUCAUAUAAGUGGUUUUGGAAGUCAGUAGAAAUGGACAAAUUCUGUCUUUUUUGUAUAAGAGAUCGGUAAAAGUCUUUGACUUCAACUUUUGAAAGUGCAUAAGAUUUCAACCAAUUCCUUUAAAGUUGACAGAGUGGUAGGGUUGUGAUGGCAUGAUGACACAUGACCUCACAUGUCCCUCCAUAUGUUCACCAGCAAAAACCUGUUUGCUUCACUUGGACCAUGAGAAGUUAUUAUGGUGUGACUAUUUAAGAUAAGUACAAAAAUGGCUGUAUGUCAACUUUCUGUGAGGUAGCAAGCUUUUUGUCCCUGCACAACUUCUUACACUGUGCAGUUCUGUUAUUGCAAAACUCACAUACAGGAUGUAAGAUUAAAGAAAACUUUCUUACUUCCA